UGAGGGGCUCUCGGGACCGCGCCCGGAGGUGCCCAUCAGAGUUGGGUAGUGUGGGACCAGCUCGCUUGGAGGAGUCUGCGGCGAGCUCAGGAUAGGGCUUUCUGCAGCUGCAGGUAGACAGGUAGAAGAGGAAGUCGUGGGUCCGGUCUGGACACCGAGGAGGAGACUGAACUCACAGACGGAUGCCUAAGGUGACUGGUAUGGAGGAAUGGGAGAAGCAUUCUAACUAGAUACUAGACUCUGCAACAGGAUGCAGAAGUCCCUCUGCUAUCUUCCCAUUGUGAGCAAUGUGACCCUGUGGGAGAGAGGCGCAUCUCAGACAAACUCUAGCCCUCGUGGUGAAAAAACACCCUUGCCCUGCUCCAGGUUUGUGACUCACAUGAAGAAUUUUUCUGCAUCACAUAAAACGGAUAGAUUAAAUUUUCUACCAUUUCCAGGAUGUGUAGAAGGGACUCAUAGUCCAAUGACAGGUAAAAGACCACUUUACACUCACCAGAACACAAUCCCCAAGUCUCCCAUGAGCACAGUUUCUUUGAAAGAAGAAAUUCAUGGAGAAGCCUGUUCUUCGCUGUCACCAUCCAAGGAAAUGGAUGAAGGUGAUUUGGUCUUUACUGCCAAAAAGGGAAUGCAGAAGCCACCUAGAGGGCCACCCAAGCAGGCCUGGACCAGCCCCCUUCUGGAAAAGCAAGCUGCAAAUAAACCUCUUGAGAGACCACACUCAGUGAAUACCAUUUCCUCGGAAGCUGCAGGUAGACACAUACCGUGUCAGAACCAUCCCUUGGGCAAACCCAAGGGAGAUUCUGGUCCUGUGUUGAGACCUUUCACCGCCAUCGGCCUCUGCAGAAGUACCAGCCAGAACUCCUUUUCCCCACAGAUCACCUAUAGGACUUCCGUGGAACCUGAGCAGCAGAAUCAAGUGGCAGCCUCGAGAUCCUGGACAAACACAGACUCCCUAAGCGUACGCGGAAGUGCAAUCGGAAGGGGCUUGGCUGCAGUAACACCAGAGAUGACCCCAAAACAUCCUCAUACCGCCAAAGAACAUAGGUCAGAGACAGCUCUCGCCUUCCGUGGCCGUGCAGCUAAGGAGCCCCUGCCUAUGCUCGUGGGCUCUUCUACCCAUUUAUUUUCCAGGAAGUUGAUGAAGGUUUGCUCCUCAGCUGCCCCGCGCCCACCCCGGCGCUCCCUUACGGCUUGUUCGCAGACUCUUUCGAGGCCGGUGGUGAACGCUCACUUACACUGACUGCUGAGAAAGAAUUGUUCUGCCAGUGUGGCCCAUCUUCCAAUCAAUGCCUGCUCAGAACAACAGAAAGGGCCUCAGAUGGAUUGGAUUCCAUAGAACCAUUGUUAAGCUUUGUGAAGCAUUUUUGAACCUAAUAAAUAAUGUCAAAAGUCUC